UCAGGAAUUUCUGACGUCUGGCAGAGCAGCUGGAAGACUACAGGCCAAGGAGGAACACUGAAUCUGAUCUGCACUGUUUGUCAGAGGCUAUGUAGGAUCACAUGUUCUCGCCACUUUGUUCGUCUUGGGCCCAGGUUCAUCCGGAAAAGGAAUAUAGCCAAAACUUAGCCAUUGCUAUGGGAAAGUGGCAGGAAAUGACAAAGGAGGAGCUGGAGACUCAAUAUUCUCCUAGCAGGUGGUCUCCACGGCUGGAUAAGGAAGUUGUGAUUGAGGCACACGUGAAAGCAGUGACUGAAGGUUCUCAAAAUGCCCAGGCAUUCACCCAAACUCUGCUGAAUGUCCCCUAUGGCUCCAGUGAGGGAGAGAAACUGGAUGUGUAUCUUCCUAAAAAACACGUUGAAACCUUUCCUCUGGUCCUCUAUAUUCAUGGUGGCUACUGGCAAAGUUUGAGCAAAGAUGUUUCCGGUUUUGCUGCAUGUCCUCUAGUGAAGCAAGGCAUUGCCUUGGCUGCAGUUGGCUAUGAUGUGGCUCCAAAAGGCCAGCUGGAGGUGAUGGUUGAGCAGGUGCGGCAUAGUGUGGCUUUUGCAGUUCAGCAAUAUACAGGGAUCAGUGGAGUCUACCUGCUUGGGCACUCGGCAGGAGCCCACCUAGCAGCUAUGGUGCUUUCCACAGAUUGGGCAAAAUUUGGUGUUGAGCCAAACAUCAAAGGUGUCUUUUUGGUGAGCGGCAUUUAUGAUUUGGAACCCAUUACACACACUUACGUUAAUGAUCUAUUGCAGUUGAGCCGUGCAGUGGCCCAAGAGAAUAGCCCUUUGCGGUGUAUGCCAAAGAUCAAAGACAAGAAAACCUGCCAGGUGCUCAUUGCAGUAGCCCAGCAUGACCCACCUGAGUUCCACAGACAAUCUCAGGAAUAUUGUCAGGCUCUUCGUACAGCAGGUUGGAAGGUCUCCUUGCUAGACCUAGCAGGCACAGAUCACUUUGAUGUCAUUGAGAAACUCUCCCAAGAGAACUAUCUCCUCACACAGGUGAUUUUGAACAUGAUUUCAAGUGGCUGAAGCCAGGAAAGGAGAAAUUGCUGUCUGCCUGCUGUCUUCUUCUCCACUGUCUUUCCACUGAACUCCUUUAGGUCAAACAAAGACUGAGCUUCCUCAGUCUUUUCUUUUUUCAGUUGCAGAUGAAUUGAGACCAGAGAUAUCACUUUGAAACAGCUCACCUCUGUUCUCACACUGUGACAUCUAUUAUGGCACGAGA